AUGGGGAAGCACUUCCACCUGUACGAGAACAUCUCUAAGGUCAGUCCCUUCGAGGGGCCGCAGUAUUACCUGGCCCCUCAGUGGGUGUUUCACCUGCAGACCCUCUUCAUGGGCUUCGUCCUGUUCGCUGGAACUCCUCUAAACUUCAUCGUCCUCUUCGUGACGCUCAAGUACAAGAAGCUGCGAGUCCCUCUGAACUACAUCCUGGUCAACAUCUCCAUCGCAGGAUUCAUCUUCGUCAUCUUCUCCGUCAGUCAGGUGUUCGUCUCCACCAUGAAGGGAUACUUCUUCCUGGGUCACACCAUGUGCGCUCUGGAGUCAGCCAUGGGCUCCAUAGCAGGACUGGUGACGGCCUGGUCUCUGGCUGUCUUGUCCUUUGAGAGGUACCUGGUCAUCUGUAAACCAUUUGGAGCCUUUAAGUUCGGCAGUGACCACGCUCUGGCUGCUGUCGCCUUCACCUGGUUCAUGGGGGUCGGCUGUGCCAUCCCACCUUUCUUUGGGUGGAGCAGGUACAUCCCGGAGGGUCUGGGCUGCUCCUGCGGACCCGACUGGUACACUCACAAUGAGGAGUUCAACUGCAGCAGCUACACGAACUUCCUGAUGGUGACCUGCUUCAUCGCUCCGCUUGCCAUCAUAAUCUUCUCCUACUCCCAGUUACUGGGCGCUCUGAGGGCGGUAGCAGCCCAGCAGACAGAGUCAGUCUCCACUCAGAAGGCGGAGAAGGAAGUAUCGAGGAUGAUCAUCGUCAUGGUGGGAUCCUUCGUCACAUGUUACGGUCCAUACGCCCUCGCCGCUCUGUACUUCGCCUACUCUUCAGACGAAAACAAAGAUUAUCGACUCGUCACCAUACCGGCCUUUUUCUCCAAGAGCUCGUGUGUCUAUAACCCUCUGAUCUAUGCCUUCAUGAACAAACAAUUUAAUGGCUGCAUCAUGGAGACGGUGUUUGGAAAGAAAAUGGACGAAUCAUCUGAAGUUUCCUCGAAGACCGAAGUGUCCUCAGUGUCCACGUCUUCUUCAUAA